CAAACAUAUUGCCAAUUAUAUUAUGAGAAACAUAUACCAUCCAGUAUACUGUACACCUAUUCGGAACUAUCAGGAUUACAUACCCAAAAAUGAAUUAACAAUGUGGCCUAGGUUCAAGUUUUUCCAUUUAGCACACAAAAGGGCCCACGAAGGAAGUUCAUUAACCCACGACCCAAAAAAAAAGAAAAAAAAAAGAAAAAGAAAAAUCAAAAUGAAAAAUCAUAUAUACCUGGAAAAGUCUCAAAAAAGGGUAAUGGGCGCCGCAUGAUAUAUACCUGGAAAAGGCUCAAAAAUCAUUUUGCAAAAUGGCGGGAAAACUUGGCGCCUGUGUCCGAGGAAGACCAUUAACAGCGGUAAUUUCGGUGUUUAAAUCCAACCCGAUUUCUAUCAACGUUCUAAAAUCGGCCGUUUACAACAAAUGCCCAUUUCGUAGCAAUUCUUUCCCUCGUCUUCUCAGAAAGUCUCAUGGAGAAGCAGCCAACCACAUCUCUGAAUUCAUAGAACCUGCGCCUAAGGUUCGCAAAUCAGACCAGAACGGCGCCGCUGAAGUCGUAGCUUUGGCUCAGAGCCCAGCUCAGUUUUUCAGGGUGAAAAAGCUGUCUGAAAAGGCUGUAUUGCCCUCGAGAGGCUCUCCUUUCUCUGCUGGUUAUGAUCUUUCCAGUGCGAUGGACAUUAAGGUUCCAGCCAGAGGAAAAGCUUUGGUUCCAACUGAUUUGAGCAUCGCAGUCCCUGAAGGAACCUAUGCACGAAUCGCACCGAGAUCGGGCUUGGCGUGGAAGCAUUCGAUAGAUGUGGGAGCGGGAGUGAUCGAUGCUGAUUACAGGGGUCCAGUUGGGGUGAUAUUGUUCAACCAUUCGGAGGUGGACUUUGAAGUGAAGGUGGGCGAUAGGGUUGCCCAGCUGAUCAUUGAGAAGAUCAUUACGCCUGAGGUUACGGAGGUCGAGGAUUUGGAUUCAACUGGGAGGGGUAGCGGAGGUUUCGGAUCUACAGGCGUUUGAACAUCCUCUUUAGAGUAUAUCUCACGGUGUUUUUAUAUGUAAGUGUUGUAAUCGUCUUUCAUAUCGUUUGAGAUUAGAGAACAGUUAAGGCUCCUCGUUUUCAGUAAUUUUGUAGAACAGUUGGUGAAAGACUAGCAUACUCGUUUAAGUGCCGUCGUUUUAGAACUAGUAUGAUGAUAAAAACUGUUUGCUCUUUUGUACAUAAAUGCAAUCCAAACCAAAUUUUAUCUU